UUUACCGAUAUUCAAUAGGAUAAACGUGGGGUUUCUCUCGUAAAAGUAACAUAAAACACAUGAAAUUUUAUUGUUUCUAAUGUACCCUUAGAACUAUUGGGGAUAUUUUCAAGAAUAUAAAAUGAAAUUCAUAUUUGGGAUAUUUUCUCUGUUCAUCGCAACGAUCGGAGCUUUUGGACCUCCAAAAAUCGAAAUAUACGAAAUCCGCGAAAACCGAAACGGUAUUGAACUCAAAAAUUUAAAUUCUAACCCAAAAAAUAUCCAAAGAGCCGAUCCUUUACUCAAAUUGCUUAAAGGACCAAAAUUUGAGAACCAAGCGGCUAACUUUGGUAAAAAAUUGUUGGGGAAACUCAAAUCUCUGAAAGGUGAUGACAAGACCGCAAGAUUGGGUGAUGAUACUCAUAUUUAUAUUCUGAAUAGUGAUAUGUUCGAUGAUGACAGCUCUGAAGAAUCUCUCUUCGUUGAUCAAACAAGAAACGAUCGUCCUGUAGUAGCUAACAGAAAUAUUGAUACGAAUGAUCUUAAAGACAUUGUUAUGAAAAUACUGUCACCGGACCGUAAAGUACAAAGGAAAAGGAAACUCCGUCAAAAGUCGGCCGUGAAAAAACCAGUAUUGAGAGCCAGCGAUAUCUAUGUACUUGAUGAAAGACCAGCCAAUAAUCGCGAACUCGCUGAUGAAUAUAACAUUGAUCCCAACGUGAGAAAUCUUGAGGAUUAAUUGCCUUUUGAAACAGGAAGUUUUGUAUUUGGAAGCUUUCUAAAUAUCAUGGUCACUUUUUUAACUCAAUAAAGAAAUAAAUAU